AUGGAUGACUGUUCUGCAUGUCCAGAAGAUCAAUAUCCAAACAAAGACAAGGUUUUAUGCAUUUUCAAGACAGCAACUUUUCUUUCCUAUAAAGAAGCUAUGGGGACCACCUUAGCGAUUUUGGCACUUUCCUUGUCUUUCCUCACAGUUCUGGUGCUUGGGAUAUUUUUGAAACACCACAACACUCCCAUUGUCAAAGCCAACAACCGGGACCUCACCUACUCUCUCCUCAUCUCCCUCCUGCUCUGCUUCCUUUGCACAUUGCUCUUCAUCGUUCCACCAGGAGAGAUAAUAUGUCUACUCCGACAAAUUAGUUUUGGCAUCAUCUUCUCAGUGUCUGUGUCUUGUGUGCUUGCAAAAACUGUGACCGUGGUCCUGGCUUUCAUGGCCACAAAGCCAGGCUCCAAGAUCAGGAAAUGGGUGGGGAAGGGACUAGCCAACUCCAUUGUCCUUUCCUGCUCUUUUAUUCAAGCAUGUAUUUGCAUUGCAUGGCUUGCAAUCUCUCCCCCAUUCCCAGAUGCUGACAUGCACUCAGUGGCUGAAGAGAUUGUACUGGGCUGUAAUGAAGGGUCUGCCGAUAUGUUUUACUGUGUCUUGGGCUAUAUGGGUUUUCUAGCCAUUAUCAGUUUCACGGUGGCUUUCUUUGCCAGGAAGUUGCCUGACAGUUUCAAUGAAGCCAAGUUCAUCACUUUCAGCAUGUUGGUCUUUUGUAGUGUUUGGGUAUCCUUUGUUCCCACCUACCUGAGCUCCAAGGGGAAAUACAUGGUAGCUGUGGAGAUUUUCUCUAUCUUGGCUUCUAGUGCUGGAUUACUGAUUUGCAUAUUCUCCCCAAAAUGUUAUCUCAUUAUGAUAAGGCCUGAGUUAAACAGUAGGGAGAAAUUAAUGAGAAAAAAUAAUAGGCCUGUUCAAGACAACACACUAACCACUUUUCAAUAA